CGGCGGCCGUUCUAGCCGGAGCCGUCUCUAUGGCCGCCGCGUUUUGCGAUGUUUUAUUGUCGCGGGGACAGGGCCCGGGACCCGGAACAACAAAGAGCGAGAGCGACGGGGCGCGUAGCAACCGGGCCGCGCGCGGCGGAGCCGGGGACACUCAACCGCCGGCUCACGCGAAUGUGAUCUUCAUGGUGUGCUGGUGGGGAAUCUGAGUUUUCAACCACCCCAAUGGAUGCAGACAGUGAUGUUGCAUUGGACAUUUUAAUCACAAAUGUAGUGUGUGUUUUUAGAACCAGAUGUCAUUUAAACUUGAGGAAGAUUGCAUUAGAGGGAGCAAAUGUGAUCUACAAGCGUGAUGUUGGGAAAGUAUUAAUGAAGCUUAGGAAACCUAGGAUUACGGCCACAAUUUGGUCCUCAGGAAAAGUUAUUUGCACAGGAGCCACAAGUGAAGAAGAAGCUAAAUUUGGUGCCAGACGAUUAGCUCGUACUUUGCAGAAACUAGGUUUUCAGGUAAUUUUCACAGAUUUUAAGGUUGUCAAUGUUUUAGCGGUGUGCAACAUGCCCUUUGAAAUCAGAUUGCCAGAAUUUACGAAGAAUAAUAGACCUCAUGCUAGUUAUGAACCGGAGCUUCAUCCUGCAGUGUGCUACAGAAUAAAACCUCUCAGAGCUACCUUACAGAUUUUUUCAACAGGAAGUAUCACAGUAACGGGGCCAAACGUAAAGGCUGUUGCCAGUGCUGUGGAACAGAUUUACCCAUUCGUGUUUGAAAGCAGGAAAGAAAUUUUAUAAUUCACCAUUUAAUGGUUAGGUUCCCUAACCAAGCACCUUUAAAGACUGCUGCACAUUGGACUAAAAGCAAAAAAGGAAAACUGGACCAACAAUAGCUGAGGAAAUACAGACUCUUUUACUUGUUCAUUGCCGCAGUGUAAACUCCAGUCCCUUUGGAUUUUAUUUUGAACAGUGCUGUAUUGUAAAAACAAAAGUUUACAAGAUACGAAAUUGCUGCUUUUAAAAAGACGUUCUAUUUAUUUUUUGCAGUAAUUUCUAUGUAUUCAUUAGCAAACUUGUCACGAUGUGCACUACCUUUCAAACAUUUUUGUUUUUUAGUUUGAGCUUGUGUUUUAUUUGUGAAUAGUCUUUUACAUUUUUGUAUGCUGAAUAUUGGGCACCAAAGAAGCUGUAAAAGUUAUCUUUUUCACUUGAUGAAAGUGCACAAAUAAAAAUUUGGAAAAUCUCUCUUAAUACCUGUUGUUAUAUUCCUUUUCCCUUUUUCUAUUACAAUUAAAAUUGUAUAGUUGCAAAUUAAUUUGGAAACAAUGUAAAUGUAAUCCCUUGCUGAUACUUUUGUUCCUGCUUGUUGUGUGUGUGUGUGUGUGUGUGUGUGUGUGUGUGUGUGUGUGUGUGUGUGUGUGUGUGUGUGUAAAGUAAUAUGCAGAGGGCUAAACUGAAAUCAGUGGUAGUUGCGUACAUGUAUCAGAGGGCAGAAGUUGGUUUGUUGUAUUCUUAGUUCUCUUAACUAAAUACCAAUUUUUAACAGUUUUCUUGCUGUCAUGUUGAAGGGAAUAUGCUUCUAAGCAUAAUGGCCGAUGAGCUUUCAUCUUUAGGUGAUGGAAAAAGCUUACAUUCUGAAGAAGCCUCAGUGGAAAAGACAAGAAACCCUUGUCUAAUGGUUGGAUAUGAAAAAGGAGCCAUCGCAUGAGCUUGUUCCUGGUGACUGACCGUGAAAGAUCAUCUUUUUGGAGCCGAAGCAAAGCAAUGUAAUUACCAUGCUAUUUAUGAAGGACUAACCAAGUCCUGUGUCAUUGGUACUGCAUAAUAGUAUUAUCCUGACAAGGACUGCCAACAAGCAACAGAGCUUGGCUCUCGCAUGUAAUUUCAUUGGUAUUAAUUUUGGACUUGAAAGCCAGUAUUUAUCCUCUUAAUACAUGCUCAUAUGGAACACAGGAGGGGUGAAUACUUAAAGUAAAUGAAAAUGUUACUUUUAAAAGUUACAAUAAAUAUGUAUAAAUGUAUAUAUGUCUAUUUUCCUGUCUGAACCAUCAGAAAUUAACAAAAAAUGCAUUUUGGUACCGCAGGUAGCAACCUUAACUCGAGUCAUAAAAAAUAUAUACUGUGAACAUCCAUAGUACGUGAAAUCCAUAAAUGUGAAACAAAAAUAAAGCACUCUAAAGAAAUCAUAGCUAAAGCACAGCAGCCUACCCUUUAUCCUGUGUGUAGAGAAGAAAUGGAAGGAAUUGCGAACAGCCAUUGUGUCUUCAUGUGGAAAUGGCAGAGGAAGGGAAACAAACAGUAAAUAUACAGUCAAGGUUGGUAGAGGAAAAGAAUAUCCAGCAGUGAAAAGGCAGAAUGAAUUACUGGUAGCCAAAGGCAUUAAGUGAAAUAAGAAUGGUUUUUACAGUUGUAUCAAUGAAGGUUGUGUGUGAGGGUAGAGAGAGAAUGUCUGGCCUUCAAUAAAUGUGAGAAACUAAACUGACUCUAAAAUCACUGAGAAAAAUUAAAAAUUUAUCUUUAAGUAACUGAAAAGAGAAAUAUGUCUGUACAGAUGUUGGUUAAAAGGCAGUUAAAGGAAUACUUGCAAACACAAAUUGGCGUGUUUGUAGAGUAUCUUAUGGAUUCUACAGUGUCCUGAACCAGUGGGAGUUAUCUGAAAAGUCAUGGAGAACAAGGGCGGUAACAAGGUGAGGGAGGAAGGGGGAAGCAAAUGUGGUAGCCAAUCUUGUUCAUUACUGUUAAGUAAAUGUGCCUAAUAAAAUUGUGUCCUCUGUCUUAA